AUGAGAGCCGACCCGCGCCGACCACGCGCUUCCAGCUGCGGUGACAACAGGACGACGCGUAGGGAAAGCAAAUUCGAAAAGGAAACAUCCUCUUGGAUUCAGAUGCAAAAUAUGACAUUGAAAAACAGCUCAUCUUAUGAAAAUAAAGACGUAUCAGUUACUGAAAUGGGACCAGCAAGCAGUCAGGGAUGUAAAAAGAAGAAUGAAGUGAUUCAAUGGCACAAGGAUAUACCAGAAAUAAUUCUCACAGAGGCUAACAAUGAAGAAGAGGACUCCAUGUAA